CUUUCACGUCAUCAUGACUAACGUAAUGGUUUCUACAAUGCCAAUUGAUGACGAGGAUCAUCAUGAAUAUUGUAUGGAUAUGUUUCAUGAAUCACAUAAAGAUAAUACUCUACCACUAAUUACAACAACACCAGAUAUGCCUGCAACGAUUAGAACACAAGAUCGUCCUGUGGUUCUUUACAUGGCACCUGUUCAUAAACAGGAAAACGAAAACAAAUGUGUAUGUGGAAAAGAUGGUGAUAGCAGCGCUUCUGGCAUUUCGAAGGGAAUCCAAAAAGUUACAAUUCAAUGAAUAUUUUAUAUGAUUUUAUUGAAACUGUUUUUAUCAAUAAUCGUAUUAUGUACAAUAAAGAAUUCUAUCA